CUUGAACGUUCGCUCACUUCGUCACGGCACUCGCAACGGUACGGUCGCACACAGAAGGGUCGGCGUCGCAAAACCGAACGGACCCCGGGCACUUUAAUCAGUUCUAAUCCAACGCGUGUGUAUGUGUGUAACAGUGUGGACUAGCUGGCACACUUGGCUCUUCUUUCUUUGUUUAACGAUUUGAGUGUGCUUUGAACCAGUUUCGGAAGGUCUUUAUGGAUGUACUAUUGCAGCACAGUAUCGCCCAAUAAUCACAAACCUGUGGGAGUUUCGCGCAUUGAGGAAGUUUGUGCCCCUGUUUGUAACCGGAAAGCGUAAGCGGCUCAUUAGCACGGUGGGAGCGUUGCAGUGCUGGUGCUGGAUACGUUUGUCGCCUGUGACGCGUGCUCGUUCGUUGCAGAUAGUGCAUCACUCUGGGACCUCCGUCCCUCCGUCCGACAUAACAGGGUCCGUGGGUGUGUGUGUGUGAGUGUGUUUGUGUGGUGUAAGGCAAGGAGGCUAGAAAGGAACCAAACAUGGGUCCACUUAAGCAAAUGACACAUUGCGGAAGCAUAAGUGCACUGUUUGCCGUGCUGAUAGUGCUGUUCGGCGUCAGCUCGUCGGCCCUGACGACGUUCGGGAAGUCGAACACGAAUCAACAGGCAGCCCCAACACCACCGCCGGUGGUAGCCAAAAGCUGUACCAAUCACGCCGACUGCAGUACGAUACAAAACACGAGCUGCGUUCUCGAUCCGAUCGAUGAUCGUAUGCGCUGUCUGUGCGGUGACUUCAAGGCACCGGUAAAUGGAUUAUGCUCCGCAAAGUACAAAGGUCUGCGCCAUCUGUGUGGAGACUCGGCCCAAUGCGACUACGGUAUGAUGUGUGCCAUCGAGAACUCUACCAAACCGACCACUACGCUGGUGACAAGCAAAACGUUCCUCACCAGCAGCAUGCUGAGCAGCAACGGCAACAGUACCUACAAGGUGUGCCUGUGCGAUGAGGAGGCCGAAUUUUUCGAAAACAAACACGAACGUCACUGCAGCGGCGGUACGGUAGUGAUCGUCACAACAGGAGCAGUGAUUCCACUGAUGUUGCUGCUGCUGGGAAGAUUUAUCGCUAACCUUCCCAUCGCUCGCUGGUAUUCGGUGCUUUAAGUACAGGCCGUCGGACAUCCGGAGACCUGAGAAGUCACAAAACCCGUUGCACAAUGCACCUUGCCAAACAGCACAAGGCAAAACAGCUUUCUGCAAAGUAUUUGGGUAGAUGUGGGCGAAGAAUUAGCUCAGCACGUUCACGACAAAUCCGAAUUUCAUGUCCCAGCACCCAAUUCGCCUUGUUAGUGUAAUGCGUUAAGGAGAUAGAGAUACAGCAAUCAGAACCAAUUCCAGUAAAGAUUAGUAUGAAUAUAUUUUCUAAAUUUCGGCACAGCGAAAUGCACGAUCAUAUCAAACUAGAAUGCACAGAUAUUUUUAAAGUAAUCUUAUUAUACCAUUCGAUGCAAGCAAACAAGAACAACGUACAAUUAGUGGACAACGAAAAUGUAACUUUUGCGCUUAACUGUUCAGAGUUUUUGCCAUUUUUCAUAUUCAUAUUUCUGGUUGAUUAUAAAAAAAACAACAAAAUUUUAAAUAUAAAACGACAAGGCAAUUCAAUCUUACUAGAAAGGCAGCGGAUGUAUUAGUCCACUUCAUAUCAAACUAUAGGGUUUUAUUCGGUAGUUGUAAAUAAUGUUCUAAAAAUUUAAUCAAUUUUGAGUAUACUAUUCCAUCUCAAGCAAAGGGUUCACAUUGAUGUAUACAGAAACUAAGUGUAUUUUAAAGGUAGCGAUAGUAGGAGAAAAUGAAACCAAAACAAGUGUAAAAGUAGUCGACUUACUUUAUUUUUCCCAAAACCAAUACACAAACACAAACACUAAAGACGUGCUUAGAUGCUAUCUACUCAUGCUAAAAAACAAACAAGCAAAAGUAAAUACUGAUGAUGAUUGACUAAAGUAAGCGAAACUGUGUAUACAUAGCUGGUAACUGAGAAUAGAGAGGACUUACAUACUAAUCGGCAGCAAAGUGUAAAUGAGUAAUUAAUCAAAAUUAGCCGUUGCUUGCGCACCACAACGAAUGCAACUCAAUUCUACGCGGUUAUACGCAGUUUACACGCAUGGUUUAUGGAACGACUCGAUGUAAUGUAAAGUGCAUUGUUAUGUGAAUAAAUUUAUUUGAUCUA